AUGGAUCAGAAUGGCGUUGACCAGAUUGUGGGUUCUUUACAGGUAAUUUACAACCCACGGUCCACUAACGAGCAUCGCCACAAAGCUCAGGAGUUUUUAGAAAGCAUUAAACAGAUCCCCGAGUCGCCAUACUGGGGCUACCUGCUGGCACUCCCAGACAAUAAGUACGACUUCAUUGUAAGACACUUUGGUCUGAGCUUGCUCUCGAAUGCCAUCAAAAAAGACUUUUCUCAAUGGGACCUAGAAAAACAGGAAGCGGUCAGAAACUGGGUCAUCGAACUGGCCAUGAAGGUGGCGCCGACGGAUCCUCACUACAUGAAAGAAAAAAUAGCGUUUCUGUGGGUCGAGAUUGCCAAAAGGUGUUGGGGACUCUGUCUCUCAAAGGAAGAGGAAGAAAUCGCGCUCAAAGAUAAAUCAUAUACAGACCAUGAAAAGCUUCAAAGUUGGGCCUCCAUGGACGCGAACCUGCUCAGGUUAUGGGAGCACUCACUAAUCACAAGAGAGCUCUCUCUGAUUAUAUUUCGUGCGCUCUUUGAGGAUGUCUACCUCCUUGAUGAUCCGGUGGUGUCACAGAGAAACAACGUACUCUCAUCUUUGUGUCCAGAAGUGGUUACAUCAGAGGAGAUACUGCUACUCAAAUACGAGCCAAACGAGUCUCUCCGGAUCUUUGCUGCUUCGAGUCAAGGUUGGCUCCUUAGAUGGUGCGCUCUUUUAGAGGAGUGUAUUGAUUACAUGCUUAGCCAUCCUCGAUCGGACUCUGAUGAAAACUACCGAAACUUUUCCAACCUGACAGUCAAGAUAUUACAGGUUUUCAAGACAAGCUUGUACUGGAUCUUACCAAUUGCAUUCCGUGCGGCCGGUGUGCUUGAGAAGCUUAGCCGGUUGCUUGCAAUUGAUGACGUCGAAAUAAAAACGCUUACUGUUGACUGCUUGCAAGUCUUAUUCACAAGAGUAUACUCCGAGGAGUCCGAUUUCAACGAGAUAAUUGGGUCGAUUUUCCAGACUGAAGGAUUGGCAAUGCUGUUCAAGGUGUUUAAAAGUAUACAGCUGGACCCUGACGACGUCGAUGAACAGAAUUAUACACUGCUAAAGAAACUAGUGGAAAUGAUUGUGGGCCUCAGCGAAUACUUCCAGCUGUCUGACAAUAACCUCAAAUUUAAGCUUCCUGAAUCUGCUGAUGUCUUGAACUAUUUUAAACUAGUUUUGGAAACCACAAAGCAUCCCUCUCUGGUGAUAUCAGGUUUAUCUCUACAGUUUUGGUGUUCAAUGCUAAGAAUAGAUGAAUUGAGCGACAAGCCAGAUUUCGAACAAAUAAUGCCAGAACUCCUGGAGGUGACAGCCAGCAGACUGAUCAACUACGCUGAUUACGAUGAUGAGUGUGUUGAGAGAAAGAUGUUGAGCAUCGAUUUUGAGAGUCAACCUGAGGCCACUACUUUUUUGAACAAUUACAAAAAAUUGAGUGACGACAUUGUCCGGAUUAUCAUAUGCAAGAAGCCUGACGAUGGGCUGCAGUGGCUCGCAAACAGACUGAACAAAUUUUACUCAUCUCCAGUGGGUAUAAAAUCGCUGAAUGAUCCAAAACUGGUUUACAAAGGCAAAAACUCUGAGCCCUUCAUUUUUGGAUAUGCCCAGUUUGUCACCAUUGAGGCUUGCGUGCGAGGAAUCUCGAGGUGGCUUAUAUGGUGUCAGGACGACGACAUGGAAACGAAAAAAGUUUAUCUAAUCAAUCAAGUGGACGAUCUCUGUAAAAUGCUGCUCAGCAUGACAGUGAAAGACCCAAUGCUGCUAAGAAAACAGAUUCAGACUUUGGUACAGUUCACGCCCCUCUUGAAAGAUGUUUCAGGAACAAUGUUCAAGGUUUUAGAGAAAGUCAUGGAGUCUUGCACAUUUGACUAUCCUCCUGAUGCUGGGGAUGACGAACGAGAACUUAUUCGUGAUUUAAGGACAAGCGGCGGUACAGAGCUCAACAGGCUUGCGUAUUUGAUGCCUGAAUCUCUGAAGGAUAUUCUCCCCGAGCUGGAGUCUGCCAUUGCCGCGAUUUUGAGUUCCAAGAAGCUUAGCGACCACGAAGCUGUGGCGUUCAAGUCUUUCCUCCUGGUGGUCUCACAGAGAUCGUCCAUUGACAACAAGGCACAGAGAUUUGCCAAUAUAGUCGAUCCAGAGCUUGUUGCGUGGUCCAAUCCUGCGACUGAGAAAGGACUACUAGAGCUCCACUGGUUCAUGGAGAGACUAGGUAUUGUCAGAAUUGCAGAUUAUUUCCAAUCGAGAGGAAUCAUUGCAGACACAAACCUCCUGGAAGCGCAAAUGGACGAGAGAGGACGAGCGCUGAAGAGCGAACUAAAGGAUCAUUGGUCGUCUGUUUUCCCAAUUCGUGCGACAAGAAUUUUUAUUCAGUACAGUAUCGAAAAGUUAGACCAUCAGUCUGAAACUUACCAAGAUUUGUUAAAGCUUUGGAAGCCAAGAAUCAAGCCAAUCUUGCCACACAUUUUGCAGCUCAUCUACCAGAUCCAGGCAUACCAUAAUCCUGCUAACUGGUCUGGCCUGCCGUCCGAGGUGCAAUCCUUCGUUAAGUACAGCUGCAUGGAGAGAUUCUGGCAGCAAGGUGUGUCGAUUCAAUCAAAAGAAUCGUUCAUGGACGAGAGCGUCAAGGCUAUGCACACACUAAGGGAUUUUGCGGAUAGCGUUGGGCACAUCGUGAGGUAUACGAGAGAAUACGCCUAUCUGACCAUCAGCUCGAUAUCAGAGCUCGAGGAAACAUUAUACGAGAUUCCAGACUGUGCCAAUCUGUUGUGGAAAGCCCUCACCGGCGAGUCGGUGGGCAUCACUCUUCAUUCGUGGAGGCACAUGAUCAAUCUUGUGAUUCGCAACGUGAUAAAGAACUGUCCCAUCUCCUACCUGGACUCCUUCAUGGUCCAGCUGUUGCCUCAGGUACUGAAUACAAUUGACUCGUUGCUUGUUUCCAAAUGGGACGUUGUGUACCAGAAGGGACUGCAACUCGAAGGCAACGAGAGCGACGAGCAACUCAGCGAGGAGAUGAUGGAGGAACAUAUGCUCAGACAGCUCACGGCCGUUAUCGACAGGAUGCUCAUUGAUCUCGUUGGCCAACAAGCGCCGACAAGCUUGGUUGAAAGACAAUUGAAGACCAGGGAGAUUAUUUUCAGGGAUUUGAACUUGCUUGCACCUCUGUUGAAUCUGCUGUGCCACAUUAUCAGCUUCAAGGACACAAGGUGCUCUUUUAAUGCCAUUUUGAUAGUCAAACACAUGAUUCAAGAUCUUGUUGCCCUGAAUAACGACGACGUGGACAAGUAUCUGUCGGAGCACGUGAUUGAGACGCUCUUGUCUGUGCUCGUUGAUAAGUUUUACGCCGACGCACACCCGGAGGCUGCCUACACCUUGACACUGCUUUACAUGGGUUUGAGGUUUAAGUCAUCAUAUCCCGCAAUGAUUCUCCAGAAGUGCCUCAAUUUAAGCAACAAGGAAAUGGCCGACUUUGAGCUGCUUCUGAUGAAUUGCAAGAAGCUCAGGGAAAGAAGAAACUGUUUACUCCAGCUGGUCGAGAAUGCAAGCGAUCAGGGAAACAACGACGAAGAACAGAAAUUGAGAGAUCGCAAAAAGCAGGUAGAGACGGCUCAGCAACGAAGAAGCAAGAAAGGAGUCGCAGAGGACGUUAUGGACGAUCCUCUCACAGAGAAGACACUAAACAACAUGUUUGCAGAGGAAGUAGAGUAA